AUGAAGGCGUCUAUUUUAGUGACUCUGUUAACAUUAGUACCAUUUUCCACGCAAAUCCUGGUAAAUAAAUGUGAAGGCGUGGAUUCGGUACCCUCGGUCAACAUCAUUUCGAACGGUCUCGCCUGCGAAGCGCCGCCCUGUCCGGUUUUCUUGGGGGCCGUGGCCGAAAUGCAAGUCAACUUUUCAUCCUCGAUUUAUUUCGAAAGUUUGAAGCCGAAUAUAACAGUAAUCGCGCUCGGAGCGGUGGUACCUGUACCGCCUAAUCAACAGGAUGGUUGCGAGGGGAUCUUGAACACCGUGUGUCCAGUUGUUGCAGGAGAAACUAUCGAUUAUAUUUAUAAGUUGCAGGUUUAUAGCUUUUUCCCGAAGAUCGAGUUUACGGUGAUAUUUUCGAUGGUCAACGAAUUAAAGGAGUUAGUGACCUGCUUCUCCGUCGACCUUUUAGUAAAAAGCAAAAAUUAA